AUAGGUACCGCAGUUCGUGGCCGGCUCGUGUGUCUGCCACGGCAGUGCCGAUACUGUAUCGCGCCGCGGCGCGACUCGCUUGCGCCCCGCGUUUCGUUGUAAUGUACUGCACUUUACCCCUGUACGUACAAAUGUGAAAGUUAAUUAACAAAAAAAAAAAAAAAAAAGAUGGUGUUACUUCGAGCAGUGAACUAGUGAUCGGUUAGUGCAGGGUCAUUAAUUUCCAAGUGCAGGUGCGCCGAAGAAGGAAGAGAGUUUUUGCAUUUGCUGGAUAUACGUAUAUAACGUAAGGUUCAACAUGCUGCAAACUUGAGAAAAAAAAAAAUCAAGGAGUGGCGAUAGAAGAGAAAAAAAAACUCUCCCAGCAUUGACGAAAAGUGAAAAGGAAGAGAAGCAAAAAUGGUGGUGUCCCACCGCGAGAGCAGCAUAUCGUCCAACAUCCGGGCGAUAAUCGAGCAGCUGAACCUCGACCCUCUGGAGCGCCGUCGGCUGAUAGAGUCGCGGCCGGACGACGUCGACAGGUGCAAACAGCAGCUCCAGCAGCAACGCCAGGAGCAGAGGACGCACCAGCUCAGGCAGAAGCAGGUCGAGUCCUCGGGGCCGAGGGUUACCAUCGGCGUUUACGGGCUGGGUAGGCGCGUCGUUGACGAGAACAAGAGGAACACGGCGACCAUCGAGUUGCUAAGGACGAAGAAGCCGCUCGUGCCCAGGCCCAGGCAGAGGGUCCCCGAGAAGAUCGAGCUCGAAGACAAGGUUUUGGAGGUUCCGAAGAAAGAUGCCUCCACCCCGACGACUCCCACGACCGUCGACACACCCACUUCGCCGUUCAAGGAGGAUCUACAGAUCAAAGUCAUAACAGACUUUUGA